AUGGAUAGAGGAUGGAAGCCUAAUGUUGAAAUAUCACCAAGUUGCCCUAGGUGUGGUUCUACAAACACUAAAUUUUGUUACUACAACAACUAUAGCUUAACACAACCGCGAUAUUUUUGCAAAGGUUGCCGGAGGUAUUGGACUAAAGGUGGAUCGUUAAGGAAUGUUCCCGUGGGCGGAGGUUGCCGGAAGAAUAGAAGAGGAAAAUCUUUAAGGCUAUCUAGUACUCAUGAUGUACAUGUUCCUCAUUCAAGAAGCUUAUUAGGUAAUUGUGGAGGUAAUAAUUCUAAUAAUAAAGGGGUUUCUCCUCCAAUGGAGUCUCGUAAUAAUAAUUCCAUGAUAUCGGAGGGUUCACAGAUUGAUCUUGCACUUGUUUAUGCAAAUUUCUUGAAUCCACAAUCAGUUGAUCAUUCUAAAAUUACUACUACUGCUGCUCCGACUACUAUAACUGCUGCUGCUGCUGCUACUACUACGGGAUUCGAAAUGCAAGAAUUGGGUAGUGAUUUUGAUUUCAGUGGCAUUUCAAGUGCAAAUUUGGAAUUAACUAGUCUUGCUAUGGAAGAAGGCUCUAUGAAUGAAAAUGAUCAUCAAUUGAUGUAUUAUUGUGGAGUGGACUCAUCCACAAAUAAACAACAACUUGCUAGUAACUUUAAGAUUCAAGAAUCCACAAGUGGGUUGCCACCAUUGCCAGGAGAAGAGAUUUUGUGGGAUGAUGAUAAUACUGGUAACUUGCAGGUCACACAAGAGCCAGUUCUUGGACUUGAAAAUGAUCAAGAUCCUAAUAAUCUAUUGUUCGGUGAUUGGAGUCCGUUUGAUUUGUCUAGCGAUGAUACUUUUUCAAGAAGUUGA